GCUGUCAUUCAGUAAUCAUGGUUGAGAGAAUAUCACGCCUUGUCUACUAUACAUUUAUUGUUAUCAAUCUUUUGAGUUUAAUAGACAAACAUACUCAUGGAUAUUGUAUUAAGAAACUUUAUAACAAAAAUGAAUCCGUCAUAAAGACGUAUGAUCAUAUCAGGAUUCAGUUAACAGAGGAAUUUCAUUGGAAGGGUAUUCUCAAGGUGCCAUCAUGGGAAUGUUAUUUAGUUCCUUCAAAACGUGUCGAUAAAAGAAAAGAAUACGUUGAAUGUUGUUAUACAGAACAGUUACCAGGUGAUAAAUGGUCGAAUGAAGCAAGAGAUCAGAUGAUACUGUCGGGAAUUUAUACCAGUGAUGUCAGCGGGGCUGAGUAUUAUCCAUUUCAAGAAGAAAACUGGAAAUACUUUCAUCCGGAUAAUCUUCCACCAAAACCUUAA